AUGGCAUCCGAAACAGCUAACAUCCCGCGCAACAAGCGCUGGGCCGCGGUCUCCGCCUCCGGUAAUGCCGAUGUCGCCUAUCACCUCUUCAUCAAGCAGAAGCCCAACCCCUACGAGUUUAUCUGCAUCUGCCGGGUCCCCAGGGCGGAAGAGGACGAAGACGACGAGGAGGACAGCGAGAACGAGAACGACGAGCCUACGACCGACUGCGACGCGGGGAAGAGCUGCAUCGCUUUGAAUACCUACCAGGAGAUGCUGAAUCUGCGCAACCCGGAUGCCUUUGACAUGUACACCUUCAACGACCACGCCGGCUACGGCGCCAUCGAAGUGGCCCAGAACAUGCUGCUCGACUUCCACGAGGCCGCCGGCAACUGGAAGGAGCAGUGGGCCAUCUGCGAGGCGCUCGCCCUGCUGUUCAACACCGACUCGCUCGACCCCAUGAACUCGAGCAACAGGGUCAGUUGGCCCACGUGCGCAACCUCGGCUGGGUCAUGGGGAUGGUCGCGCGGGAAGCCGACGCCAUGCGCUCGGACGGGUUGGUUCAUCGAGGCGCCAGAGGGGAAGAAGGAGAAAAAGAAGGCCUACGCCGGGGAGCACUUUGUGCCGUACCUGCUCGCCUACGGCGCCAAGCACAACAUCAUCAUGUACGGGCCGUCGAACAUCGCCGACAUCAUCGCUGAGGCCGAGGAGGAGGCCGAGGAGGAGGCCGAGGAGCAGAACGUGGAACUCCCCGCAGCCGCCCAGGAUCCCUGGGGCUGGGCGGCGGGCUUCAAGGCGUACGAGCGCAAGAACAAGGCCACUGCCUAUGGGGCGGGCCGCCGGGGCAAGGCGUCGAUCGGUGGAGACUCCUUGGAUAUCACCACUUACUCGCCCGCCGAGCGCAAGGCGCAGAGCUUCAACAAGAAGGAUCCCUUGACCAAGGAUAUGAUCAAGGCGCUCAAGGACGGCAUGUGUCUGAGCAUCCGCUGA